ACUUACACACACAUUCACGUCAAUUCACGUUGUUUGCGCUUCGUAGAUCAGGAACGCUAGAAACUAUUAUCGAAUUUACGUGGUUUAAUUUAACACACGAUCAUUAUAUUAUUACAACCUAAAGGAUCACUUUUAUAUUUAAGUUUAGUAAUAAAAAUGACAACGCAAACUUUUCAAGGUGUUGUUGAUAGAUUCAAAGGAAUAACAGUGGACUCACAGGAAGAACCUUGUGAAACAAAUCAAUUCCUAAAACGGUUAUCUGAAUCUAUGAAGAAAUGGUCUGAAGAUAAGCGACGGUGUAUAUGGUUCAAAGUCAACAUAACAGAUGCUGUCUGGGUGCCUCUUUUAGCAAAUGAAGGUUUUAACUUCCAUCAUUCACGGGAUAAUUUCGUCAUGAUGUACAAAUGGCUGCCAACAGAUAGCAUAUCACACUUGCCCCCAGCGUGUCACACCAAUUUAGGAGUCGGUGGAAUGGUAUUCAAUGAUAAGAACCAAAUAUUGGUAGUCACUGAAAAACACUUCGAUUAUCCACACUGGAAGCUGCCUGGAGGUUAUGUCGAAAGAGGAGAAGACAUAAAGGACGCCGCUGUAAGAGAAGUAAAAGAGGAGACUGGCGUCGAUGCUGUUUACGAGUCAAUGGUGACUCUGAGACACACCCACAACAUGAUGUUCGGUAAUUCUGAUAUUUACGUCGUAGUAACACUACGCGCAACCUCAGACGCUAUCACUAUGUCAGAAGACGAGAUCAAAGCCUGCCAGUGGAUGGACUUAGAGGAGUUCCUCAACCAUCCCCAUGUGCACGAAUUUAACAGGUUUCUUGUAAAUCAAGCUCUGGAUUUGAAGAAUAGACAUAUAAAGCUAAACCUCCAGAAGAGUACUGUAAAGAUAUCAACUUGGUCGCGGGAAAUUACAGCUCUAGUGCUGGAAGAUACUGAAUAGUGUUGGGCUGAAGUUGGAACACUGUUGAGUAGCACCAAUGUAUAACUUACGUAAAACGGUUUUUUUGCCUUCAUAAUUAUUAAUUUAAUUUAUGGGAAGUGUGUAAAUAGGUGGUUGUUACCAGUAUUAAUUUAUACUGUUAUGUUAUUAUUAUAACCAGUUUCAAGUACAAAUAAUGGUUUUAGUAGGUAUUAAGAUACGACCAUAAAAUGGUUGUUGUAUCCUAGUCUACAUCUAGUAGUGCAGUCAUUGUUUUUAUAUAAUUUUAAUAUUUUUAUGUACAUAUGACAUAACAUUCCCCCAAUAAAAUAAUACAGGUGUUCGUGACAUUGUAGCGAAACCUUAGGGAUGAUUCAUGACCAAGAUUCUGUGUUGAUAUCAAGUGGAAUUUUCCGUCGCAAAGUAUGAAACUGAAAAUAAUUAAAAAAAAAAACUUAAAUUUUCAUGAAUUUUUGAAAUCAAGUUAAGAAUCAUGGUCUGAAUCACCCUCAGUAUUGUUACGAUAUCACUAACACCAUGUAUAGUAAUUUAUCACCAAACAAAUGUAUUCUGUUUUAAAUAGUUUUAUUUUUAUUUUAACUGGAUUUGUUGACAAUAAAACAUUUUUAAAAAGUCA